UAUUCGUCCGAAAAGAAACUAGAGGUUUGUUUACACGGAUCAGCUGAUUGCCUCGGCGAUGUUGGCUCGAAUUGCGACACGUGAGUUCCUCGCCCGGAAAACUUUCUUGCAUUUAAUCUCCCCUUCGCUAAAUGCGCUCGUGAACCAGCUGCACACGAUGAGGCUGAGUGAGGACCAGAUGGCGCAGGUGCUGAGCCCGGAGGUGCGGCAGCUGGCGCAGCUCUUCUCUAACCACGGCUAUGAGCUCCGCGUUGCCGGGGGCGCCGUGCGCGACCUCCUGAUGGGGAAGACGCCGCACGACCUGGACUUCGCCACGACGGCCACGCCCGACGAGAUGAAGAGUAUGUUCGACGCGGAGGGCGUGCGGAUGAUCAACGCCGGCGGGGAGAAGCACGGCACGGUCACGGCGCGCCUGGAGGAGUGCAACUUCGAGUGCACGACGCUCAGGAUCGACGUGGAGACGGACGGACGGCACGCGGAGGUCGAGUUCACCAAGGACUGGGAGCUGGACGCCAACCGCAGGGACCUCACCAUCAACGCCAUGUUCCUGGGCCUCGACGGCACCGUCUACGACUUCUUCGACGGCAGCAAGCACCUGAGCGACAGAUUCGUGACCUUCGUCGGCGAUGCGGACACGCGCAUCAGGGAGGACUACCUACGGAUUCUGCGCUACUUCCGGUUCUACGGGAGGAUCGCGGAGCGCGCGGACAACCACAGCGCCAAGGUCCUGGAGAGCAUCAAGGCCAACGCCGAGGGGCUCGCCAAGAUCGCCGGCGAGCGCAUCUGGGUCGAGCUGCAGAAGAUCAUCACCGGGAACUACGGCGGGGAGCUGCUCGCCACGAUGGCCGAGUGCGGCGUCGGCCCCUACAUCGGAUUCCCCGAGAACUUCGACUGCGCCGGCGUGAAGGCCGUGUACAGGCGGUGCCACGAGGCCAACAUUCCAGCCUCGGAAGUCCACCACAUGACGCUGCUCGCCUCGGGCUUCGCCAGCGAGGAGGAAGCCAUCAGGUUCAUCGCGCGAGUCAAGUGCUCGAGGAGGGAGCGCGACCUGCUGCUGCACGUGAUCCAGCACCGCGACUUCGCGCUGCAGGCGACCGCCUUCAAGGAGGUCAAGGACCACCUGGUCGACAUCGUCAUCGGCGAGAGAAGGAACAAGGACGUGGGGCUCUUCCUCACCAGCGAGCUCCUGAAGUACGUCGGGCGAGUGGACUUCCUGGAGAACCUGAAGAACUGGGAGAUCCCGCGGUUCCCCGUCAACGGCAACAUGAUCGGCGAGAGGGGCGUCCCGCGCAAGCAGACCAAAAUCGCCCUCAGAGACACCCUGGAGGAGUGGAAGAAGUCGGACUACUCCCUGGGCAGCGAGGAGCUCCUUGACAUGUUGGAUGUCAAGCAGUAUCAGUGAAUCGUCAGCGGGUGUGGAAAUGAGGUUUAGGAUUAUUCUGUGAUACGUGAAUUGUUGUGUAUUUACUCUUAUUCAGCGUGUAUGUAUGCAUAUGAUAUAUAUAUAUAUAUAUAUAUAUAUAUAUAUAUAUAUAUAUAUAUAUAUAUAUAUAUAUAUAUAUAUAUAUAUAUAUCAUAUACAUGUUAUAUAUUAUAUCAUUUGAAUGAUUCAUGAAUAAUUUUACAUUUUUUUCGGAAUCGAUUCAUCUUCAUUUAUAUCAUUAUGGCAAUUCGUAUUAUACACUUGUCUCUCCUCAUUCCUUGCCAUCAUUCCUUAUAAUUCUCAUUCUCAUUUUCUGCCAUAUUCUUUUGUCUUGUAGAUACAUGUUCAUAUCUCAUCCGGUGUCAAAUAUUUCAUAGAGCGGACACAUACCCGAGUCCAUGAAGCAGAAACUGAGCUUUAUUUACACAAUAGCCCGACCUAUGGCUAUAAGGAAAGCCAUAUUUAUCUGAGCUUACAUUUUGAAUCUGAUAAAAAAGUAUUAUGUGAGUUUUUAUGAAUUGUUUACUCACGGCGAUGCCAUAUUAGUGUCGGUGAUUGUGUCAUAAGUUUAAGUUUAUAUAUAUCUUCAAUAAAUGAAUUCCAGUUCA